CGGCCGCUGUGAGCGCGGCGGCGGCGGGGCUGCGCCUCUCGCCCCGGCCGGGGCUCCCCUCCAUUGUUCCCGGGAGCGGCGGCACCGCGCCGCCGCCGCCGCCCGCGGGGCUCCGCUUGUAGGGGCUGCCAGCCCUGCGGAGACCCCCCUGCUCCCACCCAGGGCCCCCAUGGAGUGGCAGUUGCGGAGCCCAGUCGCCGAGCAGUAGCUGCAGCAGUGGGAUGUGGACCUGGCGGUGCCUGAUCCUUUGGGCUGUGCUGGUCGCAGCCGCGCUCUCCGCUGCCCGGCCGGCCCCCACCCUGCCUGAGCAAGCUCUGCCCAAAGCAAAAAUCGAAGUGGAGUCGUACUCAGCCCACCCCGGUGAGCUGCUCCAGCUGCGCUGCCGGCUGCGGGAUGACGUCCAGAGCAUCAACUGGGUGCGGGAUGGCAUCCAGCUGGCCGAGAACAACCGGACCCGCAUCACCGGGGAGGAGGUAGAGGUCAGGGACGUGGUGCCCGAGGACUCAGGGCUCUAUGCCUGCAUGACCAACAGCCCCUCGGGGAGCGAGACCACCUACUUCUCCGUGAACAUCUCAGACGCUCUCCCCUCUGCAGAGGAUGAUGAUGAUGAAGAUGAUUCCUCGUCGGAGGAGAAGGAGGCGGAUAACACCAAGCCAAACCAGGCCAUCGCUCCCUACUGGACCUAUCCCGAGAAGAUGGAGAAGAAGCUCCACGCUGUCCCCGCUGCCAAAACAGUGAAAUUCAAAUGUCCAUCCAGCGGGACCCCCAACCCCACCCUGCGCUGGCUGAAGAACGGCAAAGAGUUCAAACCUGACCACCGCAUCGGGGGGUACAAGGUCCGCCAGGCAACCUGGAGCAUCAUCAUGGACUCGGUGGUGCCAUCUGAUAAGGGCAACUACACCUGCAUAGUGGAGAACAAGUAUGGCAGCAUCAACCACACCUACCAGCUGGAUGUUGUGGAGCGCUCCCCACACCGGCCCAUCCUGCAGGCAGGGCUGCCUGCCAACAAGACAGUGGCCCUGGGCAGCAACGUGGAGUUUGUCUGCAAGGUCUACAGCGACCCUCAGCCCCACAUCCAGUGGCUGAAGCACAUUGAGGUGAACGGCAGCAAGAUCGGCCCUGACAACCUGCCCUACGUGCAGAUCCUGAAGCACUCGGGGAUUAAUAGCUCUGAUGCGGAGGUGCUGACCCUGUAUAAUGUGACAGAGGCCGAGAGCGGGGAGUAUGUUUGUAAGGUUUCCAAUUAUAUUGGAGAGGCCAACCAGUCUGCGUGGCUCACAGUCACCAGGCCCCUGGCCACAGCUAUUGAAGACACCCCAGCCAUGAUGACGUCUCCCUUCUACCUGGAGAUCAUCAUCUACUGCAUCGGAGCCUUCCUCAUCUCCUGCAUGGUGGUGACCAUCAUCAUCUACAAGUUGAAGAGCACCACCAAGAAGACAGACUUCAACAGCCAGCUGGCCGUGCACAAGCUGGCCAAGAGCAUCCCCCUGCGCAGACAGGUAACAGUGUCGGCCGACUCCAGCUCCUCCAUGAACUCGGGCGUGAUGCUGGUGCGACCCUCACGCCUCUCCUCCAGCGGCACCCCCAUGCUGGCCGGCGUCUCCGAGUACGAGCUCCCCGAGGACCCGCGCUGGGAGCUGCCCCGGGACAGGCUGAUCCUGGGCAAGCCUCUGGGAGAAGGGUGCUUCGGGCAGGUGGUGCUGGCAGAAGCCAUCGGGCUUGACAAGGACAAGCCCAACCGUGUGACCAAGGUGGCGGUGAAGAUGCUCAAGUCCGACGCCACAGAGAAGGACUUGUCUGACCUCAUCUCCGAGAUGGAGAUGAUGAAGAUGAUUGGCAAGCACAAGAACAUCAUCAACCUGCUGGGAGCCUGCACGCAGGAUGGACCCCUGUAUGUGAUUGUGGAAUAUGCCAGCAAGGGCAACCUCCGGGAGUACCUGCAGGCACGGCGGCCCCCGGGCAUGGAGUACUGCUACAACCCCACCCGCGUCCCCGAGGAGCAGCUCUCCUUCAAGGACCUGGUCUCCUGUGCCUACCAGGUGGCACGGGGCAUGGAGUACCUGGCCUCCAAGAAGUGCAUCCACAGGGACCUGGCAGCCAGGAACGUGCUGGUGACAGAGGACAACGUGAUGAAGAUCGCCGACUUCGGGCUGGCCCGGGACAUCCACCACAUCGAUUAUUACAAGAAGACCACAAAUGGUCGCCUGCCAGUGAAGUGGAUGGCCCCUGAGGCUCUCUUUGACAGGAUCUACACCCACCAGAGUGACGUGUGGUCCUUCGGGGUGCUGCUGUGGGAGAUUUUCACACUGGGUGGGUCACCCUACCCCGGUGUGCCUGUUGAGGAGCUCUUCAAGCUGCUGAAGGAAGGUCACAGGAUGGACAAGCCCAGCAACUGCACCAACGAGCUGUACAUGAUGAUGAGGGAUUGCUGGCACGCCGUCCCUUCCCAGAGACCCACCUUCAAGCAGCUGGUGGAAGACCUGGACAGGAUCGUGGCCAUGACCUCCAACCAGGAGUACCUGGACCUGUCCAUGCCUCUGGAUCAGUACUCCCCUGGCUUCCCAGACACGCGCAGCUCCACCUGCUCCUCGGGAGAGGACUCUGUGUUCUCCCACGACCCGCUCCCGGACGAGCCGUGCCUUCCCAAGUUCCCCCCUCAGCACAGCAACGGUGGACUGAAGCGACACUGAGGGUGGCACUGCCAGGGCCGCCGUGCCACACUGUGCCACGCCCGUGGACGCUGCCUGCACAGCCUGGUUGUGCUGAGCUGGUGCAGAAAGGGUUCAGAGACAUCUGUAGCAUCUCACGUAACCAAAACCACCCAGCUCCUGCCAGCUUCUCCUGCCGCUCGUGUCAGCUCUGCACAGCCCAAAGGCUUCCGUGGCCUUUCCUCCUUCUGUUUUUAAACCUCUCUUCCAUGAGUUCUGUGCUUGAGUGCUCCCACUUGGCUGAGCUGAAAUCCUCUCCCGUGGGCAAUGCAUGGCCAAAGAGCCAGCCAGGCAUCCUGGGAUGGCAUGGCACACCAGGCUCGGGCACAGGGAGCUGGGCUGGUCUGCCACCAAGAGAACCUGGUGAUCUGAGAGCAGCACCCGGCUCCUGCAGCUGCACAAGGGGGGAGCCUUGGCAUGCCAGGAGCCUCACUGGUGUGCUGGGAGCCUCACUGGUGUGCUGGGAGCCUCACUGGUGUGCUGGGACCCUCACCGGUGUGCCAGGAGCCUCACUGGUGUGCUGGGACCCUCAGCGGUGUGCCAGGAGCCUCACUGGUGUGCCAGGAGCCUCACUGGCAUGCCAGGAGCCUUGGCAUGCUGGGACCCUCAGCAUGCUGGGACCCUCGUGGUGUGGGGCUCCCUCUCUGCCCAGGAUGCCCCCAGGCCACAGGCCAAGCACCUGUGGGCUUUGCUGAGCCAGGCCUGGCACUUCCAGGGCAGGUGCCCUGCACUGCUCAGAGGUGACUGAACCCACCUGUGCUAAACCCAGAGUCCCGUGUACAUAACGAAAAAUAUGUAUAAAUAUGAAUAUAUAUUUACAUGUCUUUUUAAAAAGGGUUGUUACCAGAGAUAUACCAGUUUGGUAGGAAGGUACUAGUGGCUGGUAGAUAUCAGUUGCUAUAAAAAAAAAAAAGUCAUAUAUUUUGCUAUUUUUGCUGGUUUUAUUUUUUUAAAUUAUGUUCUAAACCUAUUUCAGUUUAGGUCCCUCGAUAAGAAUUGCUGCUGCUGCUUCAGUUUUAUAUGGGGUUGUAUUAAACAAUAAUAAUAAUGUGUCGAUGAUGCCUUUUGGGAACCCGUUGUCAUUACGUGCCUGGCCUCGCCCUGGCCCCGGGGCUCCGGCAGGGCUGGGGCCACCCGGUGCCCGUGGCCCUGCCUUGGGACGGUGCCCUAGGGAGGGAGGGAGGGGGCUGCUGUCCCUGCCCCCUGUGCCCUGCCCUGGGGGGAGCAGGGGUCGCUCCAGGUGGUGCCACAGGGCGCCAGCCCCUGCCAGUGCCUUACCAGGGGAGCAUCCUCACCCCAGCUCUGCCCGUCCCUGCUCCCCGGGCUGUCCCAGUGCCCCAGCUCUGCUCCACCACACUGGGGACAGACGGACAGACGGACAGGGCACUCCUGGCUGGGGCAGGAGCCACCUGAACACCCCCCCACCCCUUCCCUGCCACCAGUGCCAGGCCGCUGUUACUUGAAAAGUUUAUUUUGCCUUUGUAUGGAGAAAUAUUAUUUGUUGUAAACUCUUCUGUAAUGAAAUUCUGGAAUUCUUGUAAUUAUUAAAGACUUUAACCACCCUUA